ACUGGAACAGACUGCUAAAAUGGGCAGGUUUUUCAGAAUAAAGUCUGUGUAGCUUGAGUGUAGAACUACAUUAUUGUAUGUUGUUUCAGACCGCGCGAGCCGGGUAGUCAAGCUAUGCUAUUUGCAAGAUCAGGGUUUCUGCCUUUACUAACUUAGCUUGCCCACGCAAUCGUCCCAGGUUUCCAUCAUUCCCACCAUAAUAAUCAGGACAGAGACACUGUACAUGUUUGCAUUCCUUCCUCGCAUUCUGCGUGCAGCAGUGUCAGUGUUGUCCAGGUUGUCGGAGCGGCCAAGCUAGCUGGCCAGUGGCAGUGCAGUGGCCAGUGCGUCGCUGAUGCUACACUAUACACUCUACAGCGAGAGUACAGGUCUGCUUGAGCUGUGCGUGCUGUUCUCGCGUGUGGGUGUAUCACGGUUGAUGAAACGCGCAUUGAGUUUCAUUUGAUCCAGGCACAGAAAAGUCAGCAGCUUCGUCCGGUUUUCUGCUCGCGCUGUGGCACUCACCGGACGUUAUCAACGUGUACAGCGGCCAGUUCCGGCAUUGUUAGUAGCAAACGCUACCGCAGCACUAGACCGUGAUUUGGUGAUAGUGCAGGAAAGACACAAGUGACCGAAAGUAACAGUUAGCUGCCGCUCAAGGAACACCUGGUCCUGUUUCCUCUCACACCGCUACUGCUCAAGCGGUGGCAUUGGGACAUAUCGGCCAAGGCAACGGCAGCGCGUCGUCAGUAUGCGGGAAUACAAGCUGGUUAUGCUCGGUGCAGGAGGAGUUGGAAAGAGCGCCUUGACUGUGCAGUUCGUGCAGGGCAUCUUUGUGGAGAAGUAUGACCCAACGAUUGAGGACAGCUAUAGAAAAACUCACUAUCAUGAUAACCCCUACUUCGCACCUGUUUUUGACAAGUCAGUAGAUGUGGAUGGGCAGCAAUGUAUGUUGGAGAUACUGGACACGGCCGGAACGGAGCAAUUCACCGCCAUGCGUGAUCUGUAUAUGAAGAAUGGCCAGGGCUUUGCACUCAUCUACUCCAUCCAGUCCCAGCAAUCCUUUAGUGAGCUGGGCAACAUGAGGGAGCAGAUCCUACGUGUGAAGGACGCAACCGAUAUCCCCAUCAUCCUGGUGGGUAACAAAUGUGACCUAGAGGACGAGAGGGUCAUCAGUGCUGCACAGGGUCAGCAGCAGGCAGAGCUGUUCCACUGUGAAUUCAUCGAGACCUCGGCCAAGGCAAAGAUCAAUGUCACGCAGAUCUACUAUACUCUUGUCAGGCAGAUCAAUGCGCAGACGCAGGAGAAAUCGACGAAAAGCAAAGGCAAGAAGUGCCUAAUCCUAUGAAGGAUAGACACCGCUUCGACGGCGAGCAAACCCCAUGCACGCAUGGCUAGAGCAGAGCAGACCCGAUACCAUGGCUAAAGAUUGACUCCAACAUUUGCGAACACCAAAUAAACUGCGCUCUUGUAAUUUCUCAUUUAAAUGCACAUCUCCGAAGUUUCACGCCAACCCCAUUUGUUGACUGGUUUAAGUUACAUCUCGAGCGACUUGCACAUUUCAAUUUCCAAUUUAGAUUAUAGUCUACCUAAUAAUAUUCUUCUUCGCUUCUUUGCACUAAAGAUUCACAAAUUAUUCUAGUUUUAAUAGACUUACCGGUAUGAUAGAAUCUAGAAUCUCACCAAACGAAUUGAAAGUGUAUUUUUUGUAAAAGUUGCUAUA